AUGGAUUUCAUUGCUGAUAGAAUUUGGGAAGGGAUACAUGAGGAUUCAAUGAUGGUGAUAGAGCAUUUAUGGAUCCAUGAUGGAGAAAUGUUUAUGAGUGUAAUUUACUUGAAGGUUCAAGAAGGCAUCAAAUCAAUUGUAUUGGACGAACUAAGGGAUGUAGUAUCAUUUAUGGAUGCAGAACCUGUGAACUUCGAAGAUGAGAUUAAACAAAGGGAAACAACAGAGGAUGUACCGGUGGAAGAACAACCAGAAGAACAACAAGAAGUCGAAGAAGGGGAAGGACAUCUAAAUGAGUCCACAAGGAAAGAAUUAAUCACAGGGGGAGGGAGGUAA